AUGUUGCCGUGGAUCUUUCUUGCGCUUUUUGCAAUUGCACAUGCGCUCGAGCUGUGGGAGAACGUCCACUACCAUCGUAGUGUGGAUCUCUCCAAAUCCUACGUCAGAGAGUUGUGCCUAGUCGAGGCGAAAAACACCGGCGACACGCCCCAGGACACGUAUAUUUUCCGCGUCAACGACGGAAUGGAUGCCGUUCCCGAGGUGGCAUCCGUGGGCGGUGUUUUGAUCGACCAGCGCUUGGCGUUGGCCGUGUCCGAGCAAGAGGCUGGCGUUUACAGCGUCAAAUUCCCAUUCCCCGUGGCGCCAGCGUCGUCCGUGGAAUUCGAAGUGUUCUACGCGUACACAAACACGUUGGUGCCUUUGCCCGAGAAGAUCGAAAUGGCAGACCGCCAGAUGUUGUUGCUCAAGACCAACAAGCUCCCAUACUCGGACUACAAGACCUCCGAGUACUCGCUUGCGUUCCGUGGAUUCAGCGUGGGCCAGGAGUUGGAUUUGCAGCCAAGCACUCCUGUGUCGCCUGAUUUGCCCCACUUGAGCGGUCAUGUGGACAAGGACGCCCAGGCGUUGACGUACGGCCCGCAAAUCGUGGAUGUGCCUCCAUUGUCUGUUUCACCAAUGGGCCUCUUGUACGAACACAACAAGCCAGUGACUCGCGUGGUGACACUUGAGCGCAGCGUGUGGGUGCCUGGCUCGGACGUGGGCGUUGUGCAGACAGAAGACUACUACGAGCUCUAUAACAAUGGGGCCCAGCUUAAAUCGGGCUACUCGCGGGUGGAAUGGUUGAAGGGCCGUUUUGACAUGGUGCGUGACCACCACGCGCUCUCGCGCUUGGAAUUCCCACUUGGCGACAGAGACCCGCUUGAAAACUACUACUUCACCGAUAAAGUGGGCAAGGUGUCUUCUGUGCUGCAGGUUCCAGGCCACGUGGUCUUCCAGCCUCGGUUCCCGCUUUUCGGAGGAUGGAAAUACAACUUCACCAUGGGCUGGACAAACGGCAUUGCCAACUUUGUCCGCCGUGUGGAUGCAGACACAUAUGUGGCCCAAUUCCCGUUGGUGAGCAAUCUCCGUGACAUUUACUACGACAAUGUCAGCGUCAGCGUGCUUUUGCCGGAAAACGCCGAGGUCAUCGAUGUGCAGAGCACUGUUCCUUCCACUUCGUCUGUGGGCCGCGAGUUGAGCUACCUCGACGUGGCUGACGGCCAUGUCAAGGUGACACUCCACUUCCGCAACUUACAGGACAGCCACAGCGCUUCGACUGUUCUUGUCAAGUACAGAUACACGGCGCAGAGUUUCUGGAAGAAGGUGGGCACUAUUGCCGCAUGGGUGUUUACCGCUUUGGCCAGUUACUAUGCGUUGGGUCUUCUUGACUUGUCGGUCAAUUGA